UGGGUGGUGCUCCUGCGGGUCCAGCAGGCACAGGUAAAACUGAAACCACUAAAGAUUUAGCUAAAGCAAUUGCGUUAUUGUGCAUUGUCACUAACUGUGGAGAGGGAAUGGAUUUUAAAGCAAUCGGGACCACAUUAGCUGGACUUGCACAAUGUGGAGCUUGGGGAUGUUUUGAUGAAUUUAACAGGAUUGAUAUAUCGGUACUAUCAGUCAUUUCUACCCAAUUGCAAACAAUUCGGAGUGCCUUAAUGAUGAAGCUGGAAAGAUUUACUUUUGAAGGCGUUGAAAUUUCACUAGAUUCAAAAGUUGGUGUUUUUAUUACGAUGAAUCCUGGUUACGCAGGUCGUACGGAAUUGCCAGAAUCAGUUAAAGCUUUGUUCAGACCUGUAGUGUGUAUUGUCCCUGAUUUAGAAAUGAUAUGCAUGAUUUCUCUCUUUUCUGAUGGCUUUUUGGAAUCUAAAGUGUUGGCGAAAAAGAUGACUGUAUUAUAUAAACUAGCACAAGAACAGCUAUCUAAACAGUUCCAUUAUGAUUGGGGUUUGAGGGCCUUAAAUGCGGUCUUACGCAUGGCAGGAGUUUUGAAACGGGCUUCUCCAGAUAUUAAAGAGGCACUAGUACUAAUGAGAGCUUUACGAGAUAUGAAUCACCCAAAGUUUGUAUUUGAAGAUGUUCCUUUAUUUUUGGGACUCAUCAAGGAUCUUUUUCCUGGAAUGGAUUGUCCUCGAGUUGGGUAUCCGGACUUUAAUGCAGCUGUAGAAUACGUAUUGGAACAUGACGGAUAUAUUAUACUGCCUUAUCAAAUAGAUAAAGUAGUACAGUUGUAUGAAACUAUGAUGACCAGACAUUCAACAAUGGUAAUAGGCCCUACGGGUGGAGGCAAAACAGUGGUAAUUCAAGCUCUCGCAAAAGCUCAAACACAUUUAGGUCUGGUUACUAAGCUACGUAUUUUAAACCCCAAAGCUUGUUCUGUGAUAGAACUCUACGGAAUUUUAGAUCCAACGACACGAGAUUGGACAGAUGGGUUGUUAUCUUGUAUUUUUAGAGAAAUAAAUAAGCCAACUGACAAAGAGGAGCGAAGAUACAUUGUAUUUGAUGGAGAUGUAGACGCCCUUUGGAUUGAAAACAUGAACUCUGUAAUGGAUGACAAUAAACUUUUAACUUUAGCGAAUGGUGAACGUAUUCGUCUUCAAACUCCAAUCUGUGCGCUCCUAUUUGAAAUGGGAGAUUUGCAGUAUGCCUCUCCUGCUACUGUAUCUAGAGCUGGUAUGGUCUAUGUAGAUCCCAAAAAUGUAGGAUAUCAACCAUAUUGGGAUAAGUGGGUGAAAUCUCGCACGUGGGAGGCGGAAAGAGAGGCUAUGCAAGAAUUGUAUGAAAAAUUUGUACCGGAGUUAUUGGCAUACAUAUUGGAAGGUGUCUUAGGCACUAGACAGGUUGACCCUUUAAAGACGGUGAUUCCACAGACAGGUUUAAACAUGAUCACACAAAUGUGCUGUAUGAUAGAUUCAAUAUAUCCGCAAAAAGCAGAUGUAAAUCUUAUAGAUCAAAAUGCCGAAGUCGAUAUGGAUCUUCUCCAAGCUAUUUUUGUGACGUGCAUCUAUAACUCAGCAGGAGCCGCUUUAGUAGAUAGUUGUCGGAAGGAUUUUGAUGAUUACAUGAAAUCUCAAAUUUCAUUUUUGAUAACAGAUGACAACCCUGAACAAAUGUGUGAUCUGAGGCAUACUCCGACGGCUUUUCCCACUUACUACGACUACUUUUUGGAUAUAAAACAGCGUUGCUGGGUCGCUUGGGAAUGGCUUGUGCCCCCAUAUAUGCAUGAUCGAUCGAAGAGGUUCUCUGAAAUAUUAGUGCCCACUAUUGAUACGGUUCGAACAACUUAUAUUUUGGGCUUAAUGAAUAAGAUCAGAAAACCUAUUGUACUCAUUGGAGAAACCGGAACAUCUAAAACUGCGAUUAUACAGGAUUUUUUAAGAAACCUCGACCAAGAUAUUUUUAUUCUGCUCAAUAUUAAUUUUUCAUCAAGAACUUCGUCUAUGGAUGUCCAGUUGAAUCUGGAAUCGUCAGUUGAAAAAAGGACCAAAGAAAUUUAUGGACCACCGAUGGGUAAAAAGCUUAUUUGCUUUAUAGACGAUAUGAAUAUGCCCCAAGUUGAUGACUACGGUACACAACAGCCAAUAGCGUUGCUCAAGUUAUUAUUCGAGAAGGGAGGAUUCUAUGACAGAGGUAAAGAUCUCAAUUGGAAAAUUUUAAAAGAUAUAUCCUAUUUCGCUGCAAUGGGUGUAGCAGGUGGCGGAAGAAAUGAAGUAGAUCCAAGAUUUAUAUCUAUGUUUAUCGUUAUAAACUUAGUGUUUCCCACAACGUCAACACUCCAUCAUAUAUAUACCAACAUUCUCAAUGGUCAUCUGUCAAUAUUUGAAGAGGAAGUCCAGAUAGCUCCCCUAUUGAUGACCAUUACAUUAAAUCUUUAUAAUGUUUGCAUUAACCAGCUACCACCAACACCAAGUAAAUUUCAUUACAUUUUCAACAUGAGAGAUCUGUCAAGAAUUACUGCAGGUAUUUGCUUGAGUGUUCCAAAUCUGUAUACAAAACUGGCAUACAUUGUCCGCUUAUGGAGAAAUGAGUUUUUAAGAGUAAUAUGUGAUAGACUGAUAAACCAAGAUGAUCAGAAUUUAAUGACAAAGCACAUUUUGUUGGAAUUGGAAAAUGCCUUUCCCAAGAAAGAAGAGAAAGCUAAGGAUAUGCUAAAACAAAUCGACGACGACGAUUUUGUAUUCGAGCCGAUACAGGAACAAGAUGAUGAGGAGGAAAAAAUAGAUAUUGUAGAAUAUGCAAUGCGAGAUCCGAUCUUGUUCGGAGACUUUCGCAAUGCAUCUAACGAAGCCGAACCCCGUUUAUAUGAAGAUUUGCUUGAUUAUGAAGCCGUUUACUCCCUAUUUCAAGAACUCAUAGAAUUGUACAAUGAAAAGAAAGAAAAAAUGAAUAUCAUUCUUUUUAACGAUGCUCUGGAACAUCUUACCAGAAUAUACAGAGGCUUGCGGCUAGAAAGAGGUCACAUGAUGUUGGUUGGCGUAGGCGGAUCUGGAAAAAGAAGUUUUACCAGUCUAGCAGCCUUUACUGCUGGGUGUGAAAUUUUUGAAAUAACACUUUCUAGAGGCUACAAUGAAUCUUCCUUUAAAGAAGAUCUGAAAAAACUAUAUACGCAACUGGGCACAGAUAACAUGCCAACCUGCUUCUUUUUUACAGCAGAUCAGAUUAUCGAAGAAGGUUUUCUAGAAUUUAUAAAUAACAUUCUUAUGAUAGGAUAUGUCCCCUCCUUAUUUGCCGAUGAUGAAAAAGAUCAAAUUAUAAAUUCUUGCAGAACUGCAGCUACCAAAGCGGGAUAUGGCGUAGCUAAAGACGCUGUCUGGCAAUAUUUUUUGCAUACUUGUCAGGAUAACUUACAUGUGGUGUUGUCAAUGUCCUCUGCUGGAGAUCUUCUAAGCAAAAGAUGUCGCAACUUUCCAGGAUUAGUCAAUAAUACUACUAUUGAUUGGAUGUAUCCAUGGCCUUUACAAGCCCUAGUAGCCGUUGCCUCAGCUUUUUUAAAAGAAAACCCAAUUUUACCCGCACAAUAUCGUGAUAAUAUUAUCGAGCAUGUAGUACACGUGCAUAGUUCUGUUAAUAAAUAUACUACAGAUUACUUAUUGACAAUGAGAAGAAAGAAUUAUGUCACGCCGAAACAUUAUUUAGACUUCAUCAAUACCUAUUUGAGGUUACUGGAUGAGAAGGGCAACUAUAUAAAUUCGCAAUGUGAACGCUUGAAAAGCGGGUUAAAAAAAAUUGAAGAAGCCACUGUGGAACUGGAUGUAUUAAACAAGCAAUUAGCCAAACAAAAAAUUCGCGUUGCCCAAGCCACAACAGAAUGUGAAGCUAUGUUGACAGAAAUAAACGCAAAUACACAAGAAGCUACCGGUAAGAAAAACGUCGCCUCACUCAAAAGUCAGGAGAUUGAAGAACAAGCUAAAAUAAUCGCAACAGAACAAGUUGAGGCUGAAGAAGCGUUAGCCGAAGCUCUUCCUGCAUUAGAAAUAGCUAGACUAGCACUAUCAGACUUAGAUAAAUCUGAUAUAACUGAGAUUAGAUCAUUUGCAACACCACCCGAGCCCGUUCAAACAAUUUGCGAAUGUGUUUUGAUACUUCGAGGCUAUAGGGAAAUCAACUGGAAAGCCGCAAAGGGAAUGAUGGCCGAUAGCAAUUUUUUGCGGAGUCUACAAGAAAUGAAUGUUGAUGCUAUCACACAAAGUCAACAAAAGGCAGUCAAAGCUCAUAUGAAAAAUUCCAAAAAAUUAGGCGAAAUGCAGAAUAUUAGUAAAGCAGGUUAUGGUCUAUUGAAAUUUGUGCAAGCCGUACUAGGAUAUUGCGAAGUCUUCAAGGAAGUUAAACCAAAAAUGGAUAGGGUAGAACAGCUUCAAGCCGAUUAUCAAGCAGCUAAGAACUUUUUAGAUAAAUUAAAUAAAGAGAUUCAGAAACUAGAGGAUAAAUUAAACCAACUAAACGAAAGAUAUGCUGCUGCAAUGAAAAGGAGAAUCGAACUGCAAGAGGAAACUGAUUUAAUGAUGAAAAGAUUAGAGGCAGCCCAAAAAUUGAUUACUGGAUUAAGUUCUGAACAAGAAAGGUGGAAACUUGAACUUCAAGAGCUUUUCUCUGCAAAAGACCGCCUAAUAGGUGACUGCCUCGUGUGUUCUGCAUUUUUGGCAUAUUGCGGACCUUUUACUUUCGAAUACAGGAAAACUAUGAUGUAUGAUGAUUGGAAAAAGGAUAUUUUAAACAGAAAAAUACCAUUGACACAGCCUUACAGAACUGAAGAUCAUUUGAAAACAGAUGUUGAGGUCAGCACCUGGAUUUCUGAAAAUUUACCGCCUGAUGAAUUGUCUAUCCAAAACGGUAUAUUAACCUUACGGGGUUCUAGAUUUCCACUUUGCAUCGACCCUCAACAGCAAGCCUUAAAUUGGAUUAAAAAGAGAGAGGAAAAAUUUAACUUAAAGAUACUAAGCUUCAAUGACUCUGACUUUGUAAAACAUCUGGAUAUAGCUAUAAAAUACGGUUCCCCAAUUUUGUUUCAAGAUGUCGAUGACUAUAUAGAUCCAAUGGCCCAAAAUGUAAUUUUAAAAAAUAUUAAAGUGCAGUCUGGAAGAGCUUUUGUUAUGUUGGGAGAUAAAGAAGUUGAUUGGGAUCCAAACUUUAGAUUAUAUAUGACUACAAAAUUCGCUAAUCCAGUUUUUAACCCCUCAGUAUUUGCUGUUGCUGUGGUUAUUAAUUAUACAGUCACUCUGUCAGGAUUGGAGGACCAAUUACUUAGCGUAGUAGUUCGAAAUGAGCGGCCGGACUUGGAAGAACAACGAGAACACCUCAUAGCGGAAACUAGCACGAAUAAAAGUCUUUUAUCGGAGCUGGAAGAUUCCCUGUUAAGAGAACUUUCCACCACCACUGGUAAUAUGUUGGAUAACGUAGAGCUGGUAACCACUCUAGAAAAUACCAAGACUAGAGCAAUCGAAGUAAUGGAAAAAUUAGCAAUGGCUAGCGAGACUUCUAAGGACAUCGAUAAGCUAAGAGACGGAUAUAGAUCCGUAGCAAAAAGAGGCGCAGUGCUUUUCUUCGUUUUAUCAGACAUGGCUGGUGUUAAUGCCAUGUAUCAAUAUUCUUUGGAAUCGUAUUUAGAGGUUUUUGCUUCUUCUUUGAGAAAGGCUCUUCCCCACACCCUUUUGACAAAAAGACUGGAGAAUAUAAGAAAUAUGUUAACAAAGAAUGUGUACGACUACGGAUGUACCGGUAUUUUUGAAAAACACAAAUUACUUUACUCAUUCCAAAUGACUUCUAAAUUGGAACAGAGUGAGGAUAGGGUAAACCAAGCGGAAAUCGAUUUCUUCAUAAAGGGUACCGUUAGUCUAGAAAAAACAACCAGAGAAUGUCCAGCCCAAUGGAUCUCUCCGCAAAAUUGGGAAAACAUUGUGAAACUAUCUUCAGAUUUUCCAGAUUCAUUUUGGGAACUUCCAUCAGAAAUUGAAAAAUUUAUGGAACAAUGGCAUACAUGGUACGAUCACGAUAGUCCAGAAGAUGAAGAAUUUCCAUGCAAAUACAGGGAAAAACUACCACAUUUUCACAUUUUAAUGUUGCUCAGGUGUUUUCGGGUAGACCGAGUAUAUAGAGCUGUAGGAAAUUAUAUUACAAAUAUAAUGGGCGAAGAAUUCAUCAUGCCCCCUGUUAUUAGUCUGGAUAGUAUUUAUGACCAAAGUAGUCCUUUAAUGCCGGUGUUAUUUAUUCUUAGCCCUGGCUCUGAUCCUACUGUAGAGCUUAUGAAAUUAGGUGACAGAUGCGGUUUUGGAGGUGGAAAGUUCAGGUAUCUUUCGCUAGGUCAAGGUCAAGAAGAAACAGCGCUCUCACUUCUCGACAUUGCAAUAUCUAGAGGUCAAUGGCUUAUGUUUCAAAAUUGUCAUUUACUGCUUUCCUUUAUAAAAAGACUAGAAAAGCAGCUCGAAAAAAUUAGCAAACCCCAUCCUGACUUUAGAUUAUGGCUAACAACAGAUCCAGUGGAUACGUUUCCCAUCGGAGUUUUACAGAGAUCAUUAAAGGUUGUCACCGAACCCCCCAAUGGUCUUAAACUAAAUCUACGUAAUACUUUUAUUAAAAUACGAUCCAAGGUACUGGACCAAUGCUCACACCCAUCGUAUAAAUCAUUGGUGUACGUCCUGGCGUUUUUCCAUGCAGUCGUUCAAGAACGAAGAAAGUAUGAUAAAAUUGGUUGGAAUAUCUGUUACGAUUUUAAUGAAUCUGAUUUUAACGUAUGCGUUACAAUUUUAAACACAUACUUAACAAAAGCAGUCAAAGCUAAGGAUACGAAGAUACCUUGGAAUAGCUUAAAAUAUUUAAUUGGAGAGGUUAUGUACGGAGGAAGAGUUAUAGAUGAUUUCGAUAGGAGGAUUGUAAAAACUUAUAUGGAUGAAUAUAUGGGAGAUUUUCUAUUUGAUACAUUUCAACCAUUUCACUUUUAUCACGAUAACACUGUGGAUUAUACCGUUCCACCUGAUGGGAUGAAGGAAGAAUAUAUUGCAUUUAUUGAUGAACUACCUCUUACAAAUAGCCCUGAAGUGUUUGGUUUGCACGCAAAUGCUGAAAUAGGCUAUUACACAAAAGCUACAAAAGAAAUGUGGAAUAUUUUAAUUGAAUUACAACCUCAAACAUCAACAACUGGCGUUGGUAUUAGCAGGGAAGAGUUUAUAGAUAACGUUGCCCAAGAUAUUAUUAAAAAAAUACCUGAAGAAUACGAAAUAUGGAAAGUGCGACGAUAUUUUCAAAGAAUGAUGUCGCCAACAGUAGUAGUGCUUCUUCAGGAGCUAGAAAGAUUUAAUAAGCUUAUAGCUACAAUGCUAAGAACAUUGGUUCAACUACAUAAAGCCCUGUGCGGUGAAAUAGGUAUGGAUAGUGUAUUAGACAAUGUGGCUUAUUCUUUAUUUAACGGGCAACUACCUACAUCAUGGAGAAAAUUAGCGCCGGCAACUUGUAAGAAUCUUCCCGGUUGGCUUGAACACUUUGAACUAAGACAACAACAGUAUUUUAAUUGGUCUACAACAGGUGAACCUACAGUACUCUGGAUAUCUGGUUUACACAUUCCUGAAACUUAUUUAGCUGCUUUGGUACAAAUAUCGUGUCGAUUACAUAACUGGCCAUUGGAUAGAUCUACCUUGUAUACUUCUGUUACCGAACACGUAGAUCCAGCUGAUGUUGUUCUUCGACCCCAACAAGGAAAUUGCCUUGUCCACGGACUUUACUUGGAAGGAGCUUCCUGGGAUGUCGAAAACAAUUGCCUCAAACAAUCAGCACCCAAGGUAUUGAUCGAGAAGCUGCCAGUUUUGGCAGUAGUGCCCAUCGAAACCUACAGACUUAAGUUGCAGAAUACUUUCAGAACACCUGUUUAUACGACUUCCCAACGAAGAAACGCUAUGGGUGUAGGAUUAGUUUUCGAAGCUGAUUUAAGAACUACUGACCAUAUUAGCCACUGGGUACUACAAGGAGUUUGUUUAACAUUGAAUACAGACUGAUUUAGAUUUAUAAUGUAUUUUUACUUUUAUCUAUUUGAACAAAAAUGUUUAAUAUUUGAGUGUUAACAUUUUAACAUAAUAAUAUAAAUGAUUAUAAUAGAAGGU